CCAUAGAUUCGCACACAUUUUGUCCGCAGCUCGUGUGCGCUCGCUCGUUCGUUUGUUCCGUGAUUGUCGUCGUCGUGUUUAUUCGUCGGGAUCGGGAGUAGCUACGUGAAAUUGUGAAUUCCUAGCAACGGAAAUUUCAACUCCCCCACAAUUCGGUCUAAAUUUUGUCGUUUCGAACGGUUGAGCGAGCGGUCUUUCGAGCGGUUGCUGGUCAGCUGAUUGGUGUUUUUCAUUAGUCGUGGAACUUGCCUGAAAACAUAAUCUUAAUUGAAAAACCGGGUAUCAACAGAUUUCGCACCACAUUCUUGGAAGGAGCAAACUUCGAUUUAAAAAAAGAAAGGAAAUGUGAAUCAGAACUCUAGUUUUUAAAAGCGAACAUGCGUGUCAACCAGCAAUUCUAGCGAAAGUGAAACAAACGUGGAAGAAAACAGCUUAACGACACCACUACCACCACGUGGUCACGUCAGGAUAGUGGACUGUCUAAUCAAUAUGAGCUCGACCAGAUAUGUGGCCACAGUCAAUGCGUUGAACAUGUUCGACAAGCUGGAAAGUUCUUCCCUUUCCCCGGGAAAGUUUCAAAUGGUUUCGGUUCCACCCCCGACGGCAUCGAACGUAUCGAAUUUUACAGUCGGUACCCUGAACGUUACCUCAUCGACGGUGGCCAUUGCUCGGCCCAGUUUGUCCCCGCCCCCAUCGACGAUAGUCGGGAAUGGAACAGAAGAGUUUGUUGUGCUUCCAGGGCCAGAGGACGUGCUGCUGUUCAACAGUACCAAUGGUCUUUACCAGCAAUCGGUGACGCUAACCGCCCGGAUGUAUCCGAUUGAGGCCACUGCGGCGAAAUCGUUCUGGGGCCUACCAACGCUGAUCUGGGCGAUCCUGAUCGGGACCAUUGUGAUACUGAUUGUGAUCCUAGCGACACUCUUCUUCUGCUGCUGGCUACAGCCGAGAACGCGGAAGCUCCUGGCAUCGAGCUACUACACCGGAAGUACUGUUUCCCACAACUCGAUUGUGCCGAAAUCGCAAACUAGUGAUUCGAACCAACUAGUGAUGCCCUUAUCGAUUGGCAUCUGUCCACCUCAGUACAGUGCACCUCCUCCCCCGAACAACAACAGCGGCAACAACACCAGCGGAAGCAACAACAACAGCAACAGCGUCAACAACUCACCGUGCAAUCAACACAGCAAUCAGCAAAGCUGCAGCGGGACAACCGGAGUUCCAUGUCAUCCUGGCAGUGUCGGUAGCAGCGCCAAUUCGGCCGGCCAACAUGGCAAAUACAGUAGCUCACCGCAGCAGCAGCAGCAGCAGUACUCGCACCAGUACCAUCAACAGAUGCAGCAACAGCAGCAACAGUAUCAACAUCAUCACCAGUGCAUACAUCAUCAACAGCAGCAGCAACAGCAUCAACAAUCACAACAGUACCACUAUGCCCAAAUGCAGCAGCACCAGCACCCCCAGCAACAGUGUAGCCAAUAUGGCCGACAGAGUCCCCAUCAGCAAAGUCUACAGCAGUACUACAACCAGCAACAACAGCAGAUGCAUCAACAGCAACAUCAACAGCAGCAGCAGCAGCAUCAACAUCAACAGAUAACUCAAUACAUACAUCCCUCCCAGCAGCAGGCACUGCAGCAGCAACAACAGAGAGAACAUCAAAUCCAACAGCAUCACUACCACCAUCAGCAGCAACAACAGCAACAACAUAAUCAACAGCAGCAGCAGCAACAACAAACCAAACUGGUGCAUCACAAAUCCAUGUGGGCAAUUAAUCCACUGUACGCCUCUAGUGGAGUGAUACAUGAUAGUGGCUCCAGUCGAGGGCGGGGCAGUGGAGGAUUCGAGGAUGAUGACGACGACGAUAGCGGAAAUACGUCCUAUCGGACCCGAUCGCUACCCUCCUGGGGUAAGAACAAACAGAGGCCUCUCUCGAAUGCUGACGAUUUGGACGAGCUGUAUGCAAAGGUCAACUUCAGCAAAAAGCGACGAAACCGGAUGCGAAACGACGAGGCAGCCAUCAUUGCCUUAUCCCGGUCCCGGUCGCAGAAUCUGGCCGCACAUCCGCUAGCCGACCAGGACGCCGUGGUAAUCUACGAUGAGCGGACUGCUCUGUAAACCUGCAACCUUCCAUCUAUUUAGCACAUAGAUUGUUCAAAUUUCCGUUUGGCUGUAUUAAUUCAUGUUUUUUUUUCGUUUCCAGUUAUCAGUUACAAAGUUUGUUAUUUUUGUAUAGAAAUUUUUCCUGGUGAUAAAUUAAGCUUAAAUUUGAGGUUAUAAAACUAAUAUAACUUUCUUUUCAAAUUUAUUUCCUGAUAAGCAUGGCCUAAGUUGAGUGGAACAGGUAAAUGUCAAGUUUACCAGUUUUAACACACUUUCCCUCUAUAUAGUACUUAAAAUUAUUAUCGGAGGAAGUUCUUAUGUCUCAGCCGAAAAUAAAACUUUCUAGAUCGAGAAAAACUGAUUCGUUAGUCGUUAACUAGCCACCCUCAAAUCAUUAUCACUAAAAACCGAGAGAAAGUGAGCGUUGUUAUUUAUACAAAAUCCCGAAAACUUGGAUAAAUUUCGAUACCAAGAGAAUACCGUUUACAAAGACUGAUAGAUUUCCCAAUUGUAAAAUAGAAGAUAUAAAGAAUUCUUAUUCCAUCACCUGUGGGGAAGCUCAAACAAAUAAAAAUAAUUCUUCACAUUUCACACUAACAGAGUACUAAUAUGUGAUUUAAAAACACAGAGCAAACCCCGGAAAUGAAUCAAUGUUUUAAAAAUCCACGCAACAAAGAAAAUAAAUCACUAAAAUAAAAAAUCAUCCCUCAGAGCCGUAUUGUCAGUCAGACGUGACCUUAAACCAAGACGUUAGAAAAUACGAAUAAAUUAAAUUUCCUUUCCGAAAACUUCUUAAAAAAAACAAAAUUUCGAUGUUCGCGAAUUUAAUAAGUAUCCAUUUCAAUAAACAUAUAAAUCGUACUUUAGCCUACGGCGCGUAUCGCAUUCAGUAGAGUCAAUCGCAUUAGGAAAUUGAAUGUUUAAGAAAAAAAACACGCUUCCCCUUUAGUGAAAAAUGUAGGCAAAAUUUUUGAAAAAAAAUCGUUAAUCUUCAUUUUACAUUAGGACAACUUGUCUAAAUCAAUAUUUUCCAAAUAUGUUUUAUUUCUAGUCACGUGUAGGCAUAAUCAUCAUCAUUGUUUUAAAUGUUAGUCAUUAUAUAGAAUCAACCAGUGAGCCAAAGCGAAAAUCUCAAUAAACUUUAUGUGUUUUGAAAAUAUAUGAAGAAAAAAAAACCAACCCCGAUAAGACGCGAAUUCUCAAACUUAUUAAACGUUCUAUUAAGGGUAAAGUCGGAAUAAUUGAAAGAUCUUUUAGUUGAGUAAGAACACUUAAAAUAAUAACUAGGGAUAGUUGUAAAUUUGGCGCAUUGGAUCGUGUUAAAUUUGAGAGGACAUCGACGGAUAAGGGGGGAGAAAAUGAGAAAAACCAUAUCUAGAAGAUACUGUUAAAUUGUUUUAAAAACAGAUUUCGAUAGAAGAUGGAGGUAACAACCCGAUAUGCGAAUGGUUAAAGUGGAACAGGAAAUAUGAGAAGAGAAAUAUUUGAAGAAGAAAAUGUAAAACAAUCAUGGAAAUAAAAGUCAUGCGAAUUGAUCAAAA